AUGGUGGCCGGAGGUGGGAGCUCCGGCGAAGGAGCAGUUGGGACUCUAGAGAAGUUCUCCUCCCUUCCGGCGGCGUCAUCGGCUCGGACUACGGCCCAGGAAGGCAGGGGAGGCGACGGGGGUCUGAACUGGGGUGGUCCGGCAGUCCCGAGUGGCCGAACGGCGGCGGGCAGAGCUGGGUCUCCGGCGGGUCGAGAGGAGCUCACGGGAGAGAACACCGGGGUUAACUCCACAGCGUCGGAUCAUCAUCAAGAUGCACAUGCAGGUGCAACUGAGACCGACCUCUCCAUCUUCAGCGGCGGCGUCGGCACGAAGCUUGAGGACUUUCUCGGUGGUGGCUGCACCACCACCACCACCGCCGGGGUCACAACCGCCACAGCCGAUGUCAUCACCACCGCAUCAACAACGCCGACGUCGCUCGCUCCCUUCUCAUCUACUAACGAUCAUCUCGCUGUGGCCGAAAAUGAGAUUUACGACUCCGAACUCAAAACCAUAGCCGCUAGCUUCCUCCGUGGUUUCUCCACCACCCCUACCGCCACCGCUACCGCCCCUACUACUCUGCAGCAAACCAAAACCCACCACCCGGUGGGGACCACCGAAACCUCCACCGCCAAGAAAACCGUGGACACCUUCGGUCAGCGCACCUCGAUUUACCGUGGCGUUACAAGGCAUAGGUGGACAGGAAGAUAUGAAGCUCAUCUAUGGGAUAACAGUUGCAGAAGAGAAGGACAAAGCAGGAAAGGAAGGCAAGUUUAUUUGGGUGGUUAUGAUAAAGAAGACAAAGCAGCAAGAGCCUACGAUCUAGCAGCUCUCAAGUACUGGGGUCCGACCACCACCACAAACUUUCCGGUUACCAACUAUGAGAAGGAAUUGACGGAGAUGAAGAACAUGUCUAGGCAGGAAUUUGUUGCUUCCCUCAGAAGGAAAAGUAGUGGAUUUUCAAGAGGAGCCUCUAUUUACAGAGGGGUGACAAGGCACCAUCAACAUGGUAGAUGGCAGGCAAGAAUAGGAAGGGUUGCUGGCAACAAAGAUCUGUACCUAGGCACUUUCAGCACACAAGAAGAAGCUGCCGAGGCCUAUGACAUUGCAGCUAUCAAGUUCCGAGGCUUAAAUGCAGUCACCAACUUUGAUAUGAGCCGUUACGAUGUGAAGAGCAUUGCCAACAGCAACCUCCCCAUCGGAGGAAUGUCUGGAAAAUCCAAGAACUCAUCCGAUCAAUCCCUCUCUGCUGAUAGCAAGAGCCUUGACGAUAGAGAUCUCUCCUCUGCAUCCUCUGUCACCUUUGCGUCGUCAUCUCAGCAGCCAGCCAGUAAUUCCUCCACAUUGAGCUUUGCAAUUCCCAUCAAACAAGACCCUUCCACAGAGUAUUGGUCCAAUAUCUUCGGUUACCAAGUCCCAAACAACAACCCUUCCGCAAACAAUGUCAGGAACCCUAACAGUGUUGGCGCCGCACCAACCUAUUUUCACAGCAACAUGGAUUUCUCUGCGACAUCGAGUACUGCUACUACAACGACUGAAACCAACGGGUUAUUCUACAGUGGGAUUUACAACGUCCACGGUCAGCAGCAGCAACAACAACAAGAGCAACAACAAAGUACUAGCAGUGGUACUAAUAAUCCAAUCCCCUACUCCACACCUCUUGGUUUGAGUAGUAACAUGGGUUAUGAUCAAAGUUCUUCUCCUGGUUAUGGAACAUGGAUAGGGCCUGGUCUUAAUCUCUUUCAGACUCCCAUUUUCGGCAUGGAAUAAAAAGCUCCAUGAGAAUCAUCACAUGAAGGUGCAUGGAGGAGAUAGCUACCUAGAGGACGAGACUUCGAGUCAAUGACAAUGUUGAACCUCACAUGGGAGUCAACAACUUUAGUUUGA